AGGUUUCUGUCUUCUACGUUGUACAUCUGUGGGAUCGCUCUGCUGCAACAAGAUAAUGUCUUCUUCAGCUCAUUGAAGGAAAGGGAAUAUUUGUUCAUACUUAUGAUGAUUUGACGUAAUUAACAUUUUAUUAACCAUGAUGGCAACACAGACAUUAAGUAUAGACAACUAUCAAGAUGGACAACAGAUGCAAGUAGUAACAGAGUUAAAAACCGAACAAGAUCCCAACUGCUCUGAAACUGAUGCAGAAGGGGUGAGUCCUGCCCCUGUAGAAUCUCAGACUCCAAUGGAUGCAGACAAGCAAGCCAUUUACAGGCACCCACUAUUUCCCUUGUUAGCACUAUUAUUUGAAAAAUGUGAACAAUCUACACAAGGCUCAGAAGGCACAACUUCUGCUAGUUUUGAUGUAGAUAUUGAAAAUUUUGUAAGGAAGCAGGAGAAAGAAGGAAAACCCUUUUUCUGUGAAGAUCCAGAAACUGAUAAUUUGAUGGUAAAAGCAAUCCAAGUUCUACGUAUCCAUCUGCUUGAGCUAGAAAAGGUUAAUGAACUCUGCAAGGAUUUCUGUAGUCGUUACAUUGCCUGCCUGAAGACAAAAAUGAACAGUGAAACUCUAUUAAGUGGAGAGCCUGGAAGUCCUUACUCACCUGUGCAAUCUCAGCAAAUUCCAAGUGCCAUUGCAGGCACACUCAGUCCCCAAGGGAUUAUGGUGCCAGCAUCAGCAUUGCAGCAGGGAAAUGUAACUAUGGCAACAGUAGCAGGGGGAACGGUGUAUCAGCCAGUCACUGUGGUCACUCCACAAGGUCAAGUAGUGACACAAGCGCUGUCACCUGGGACUAUUCGGAUCCAGAACUCGCAGCUUCAGUUGCAAUUAAACCAAGAUCUAGGCAUCUUGCAUCAAGAUGAUGGCUCAUCGAAAAAUAAAAGAGGAGUUCUUCCCAAGCACGCUACAAAUGUGAUGAGAUCUUGGCUUUUUCAGCACAUAGGGCAUCCAUAUCCAACAGAGGAUGAGAAGAAACAGAUUGCAGCACAAACAAAUCUGACACUACUCCAGGUUAACAACUGGUUUAUCAAUGCUAGAAGGCGAAUUCUUCAGCCAAUGCUGGAUUCCAGUUGUUCUGAAACUCCAAAAACAAAGAAGAAAACAGCUCAGAACCGACCGGUUCAGAGGUUCUGGCCUGACUCCAUUGCCUCAGGAGUUGCUCAGCAGCAAUCUAACGAGCUCACGAUGUCAGAUGGUGCUGUUGUAACAAUUACAGCUCCAGUCAACAUGAAUGUAGACAGUCUCCAGUCUUUGUCAUCCGAUGGUGCUACUUUGGCUGUUCAGCAAGUUAUGAUGGCAGGACAAAGUGAGGAUGAGUCUGUAGACAGCGGUGAAGAUGAUGGAGGAGAUCUCUCGACAACAAAUAUCAGUGGGCUGGUCUUGGAUAACAGCGAUUCUCUGCAGUAGGAAGCAAGAGAGUGUGACAAAAUGUUUAGGAAAAAGAAUGGACUGACUGACUGUUUUUAUAGUUUGCACAGCAAACAUUUUACACAAGUUUUAUUUCUAAUAUGUUUUAUAUGUAGAUAUAGAAGGGUGCACUUUUUUGUAUUUCAUAGUAAGCUUAAAGAGUGUUUUUGCAGGUGCAGCAACUUCUUUCAAAUGUGUUUUCCAAUUUCUUUUCUUAUUUCAGAAAAUUAUAUCUAGUAAUAUAAAGAACCACAUAAGCACCCCUUUGUUCUAUGAAUUGGAAGUGCUGCGAUUUCUAAAGAAUUAUGCAGUUUCAAUUAAUGCUGUUAUUUAAGACAGCUCUUGAUGGGCAGGUGAUGUAAAUUUAAAGCAUGUGACACUAGUGUGUGGAACUUGAUCAUUAAUUUAGAUGCAUAUAUUUGAAAGAUGCUUCUGCACCUUAAAAACUGCUAGUCUGAGGUGGACAGCAACACACAUAAAAGGAAAC